AUGUACCCUUUCAAAUAUCGUCAUCCUCAGCGUUGGCUGCAUUGGAAGCGAGAGACCGUAAGCUUCCUCACCGUUCUUAUCCCCUGGGAAUUGCGUAUCAAGGAGAUCGAGUCGCAUUUUGGCUCCGGCGUAGCAUCCCAUUUCACUUUUCUUCGCUGGCUUAUGUGGGUAAACAUCAUGAUUGCCAUACCAUUGGUGGCAUUCGUCAUCGGGCCUGAGUACUUUGCUACGAAGAAAGAUGAGACCGAUCCCCGUAAGCGUAUGACCGAGCAUGAGUAUAAAGUGGCUGGAAAUUUCUUUACAUACUGGGAAUUCGAAGGUUACAUUAAAUAUUCGCCAAUGUUUUACGGUUAUUAUUCGAACAUAUCCGGUGCCAGUACGUUGGGCUAUAAAUUACCAAUGGCUUACUUUCUAACAGCUGUUGUUGUUUAUAUAUACAGCUUUGUGGCCACCCUGAGGAAAAUGGCCGAAAAUUCUAGAAAUUCUAAACUCUCCUUAAAAGACGAUGAAUGCACUUUCACUUGGAAACUUUUCACUGGUUGGGAUUUUAUGAUUGGUCACGCAGAAACAGCGCACAACCGCAUUGCUUCCGUAGUAGUUGGCUUCAAGGAGGUAUUGCUCGAGGAAGCCGAAAAGAAGAAGGAUAAUCGCAAUUGGCGCAUAAUACUGCAGCGAAUAUUGGUGAAUGUGGUGGUGAUGGGUCUAUUGGCCGCCUCCGCGUACACUGUUGUCACCCUGGUGAAUAACUCGGAACAACUGGCACGUAAUGGCAAUUUACUCAGUCGCAAUGCGGUUAACAUCACCAUCACACUUUUAGCCUUUUUUAUGCCUAUGAUAUUCGACGCACUGGGACUAUUCGAAAAUUGGCAUCCGCGGCAACAGCUACGAUUGCAAUUGGCACGCAUUAUGAUACUCAACAUGCUCAACUUGUAUUCGCUGAUGUUCUCCUUCAUUUACAACAUCAACAGCAAGGAGGGGCCAUUGCAAUUGCUCAAGGAGCGGUACGACAACUCUACCGAUGAAAUGAAUGAGUUAACACAACUAAUUGAGGGCCUGAAAAACAGCGGUAGUAACAGUACUGAAGUGGGCCUGGCGCUCACUAAUUUUAACGCAACUACCAGCAGUCUGCUAACGACAACCGCAGCUGCCACAACACUUUAUGGCUGGACCACACGUCUGAAAUGCCGCAAUAUCACAGUGAAAUGCUCAAAACCAACGCGCAUCAAGGUGAGAAAUUUCGCGACAGCAACCACGAUGUUUCUUCUCAACAUAACCACCCCUUCAAUGUUGUCGCACUUAACGGACGAGUCAAGCACGUUAACUACCCCACCUUACACAAUAACACCUGCGACGGAAAUUGAUACAACGUGGACAGCGCAAGAAGAAUUGAGCACCACCACACAAUUCACUACAACAGAGCCGCCGACUCUAGCGAUAGAUACAACUUUGACCCCAAUAAUUGAAUACACAGAGAUCUCAACACAAACUGAAAGCACUGAGCCAUCGACGACACUAGAAUCCACCUCAACCACGACCUUAGCGCCAGGCAGUGAUGAUUUCUUCGACUAUAUGGAUUAUUUUGUAGGGAUGCCACUCGAGCUCAGCGACACGCUGGAAGCGGCUGCGGCAACAGAGACAACGCGCAACAGUUUAAGUGCAACGACCGAAAAUGUGCGGCGUGCUAGAAACCUCAUAAAUCUGCCACCACUGAGCCGCAAGCCCAGACAAGCUGCGCUGCCAACGCCAGAUGAGCCAAUGCAAAUGCCAAAACAGAGCAUGUAUAGUCGACGACAAAAUGAGCGGCACAGACAGAGCAGUGAAGACAACGAAGACUAUUCGGCCGAUGAUUCAACGUCUACAACUAUAAAAACAUUACCUUUAUCCACGCCAGUCGACGAUGCCAGUUCCAGCACGGUUGUGACAAGUCGCCAGGUGCAACAGACGCAUCAACAACAAAAUGAAACAUUGGAGUCGCCACAAAAUGAAUCAUUGCCGACGUUACAUGUCAAUACUAAGCUGUUGGGUGAAGUAUUGGCUUAUUUUACAAGCUCAACAUCCACUGUCGAUCCACCAACCACAAAGUUUCCGCUUCCCAGAACAACAGUUUCAACAACAAUUUCAACAAUGAUUCCAACAACAUCAACUGAACUCGCCGGCAGCAGCACUCCAUAUUUCUUAGCGGAAGAUGACAUUCUUGACGAAUCUACCGACACGAUUAAUUAUGAGGCCAAUGAAAUCGAUGAAGAAAAUUUCGAUACUUGCAUUCGUACUAUUUGUGAUCCAUAUCCGGAAGAAUACUUCAGUACAACAGACAUAGAUACAACAGCUACUCCAACUACAACCACACUGACGCCUAUGGAGACUUAUGAAAUAAAAUUGGCGAAAGUGAAGCAAAACAUACAUGAGGUUCAGCGUAAUUUGACCAGUAUGUGCUGGGAGACAUCACUGGGCCAAGAGCUUGCGAAAGUUAUCGUUUCGGAUGGG